AUGUGUUUUACGACUCAAGACACUCAUCCUCCUCAUCGCGUGGCUCCCGGACACUCCCUCGUCUUCCUCCAAAGUCCGAACCGUCCGCCUCAUGAAUUAAUCUACAAGGCUGCCCCAAGUUCAUCCUGGGACGACAAGUUCAUCCUUGCAAGUGAAUUAUUUUCUCUGAAGAGUCUAGCCAGUGCAGCUGCUAGUGACCUUAGAUUAUCUCGCAGCAUAACCACUCAAACUGGAAUCGCUUCUGCUAUGCCAAAAUUUGGGCAUGAUGGGAAACCCAUGGCUAGAACAUUUGCACCUUAUUCAAUCUUCAAGGGAAAAGCUGCGCUUUCUGCUGACCCUAGUCUCCCAAUGUUUACUAAAUUGGAAAUAUUAACACUAUUUUUAUAUGCCCAUCUUCUUUUGUCUGGAGACUACAGAGUUGAACGACGUGGUUCCAUUAUGUUAACGUUCCGGCCUGCUAUUGGUGAACGUAAAUAUGAUUGGGAGAAGAAACAGAUGUUUGCUCUGUCAGUAACGGAGGUUGGCUCCCUGAUCAGUUUGGGUGCAAAAAGACUCUUGUGA